UGCAUCCUCAACCCCAACCUUCUCUCUCGAGACAACUCUCCUCUCUCCCAUCACUGUAACUCCUUUUUCCCCUUCCCUUGAUAACGCAAGGAUUCUUAAUCAAAGGUUUUAUUUUUCUUCCUUCAGCCUACCUUUCGGGAUUUGGGUCUCUGUUUUUUCCCCAUUUUGUUGGAUUUUUUUCGCUUGUUUUUUGUGGUGUUGAUCUUAUUGUUUCGAGUUUUUUUUUUUUUUUUUUUUUGGCUUUUUUGGUUGAUUUUGUUUCCUGGUGGAGGAGGGUCGGCGAUGUGUGGAGUAAUCUGGGAGCGUGAUUUUGGAUUUUGCCUUGGGUAUCUGCUUCGCUACUAGUCAUGUUUGAUUGGAACGACGAAGAGCUUAAUAAUAUAAUAUGGGGUGAUGACGGUGAGACAGACGACCAUAUUGUGCCUUUCAAGGAAAGAAGUGGACUACAACUUAACAGGAAGGAAUGGAGUGAAAAGUCCAAGUCACAUAAACCUGCUGAGCAGAAGACUCUUGCAGCUAAGAUUGACCUCCAUGGGAAAAAGGUGGCCAGUAGCUAUAAUGAUAGUGAGGAGAUUUCUAGCUCAGACUUCGGUUUGGACUCAUGGCCUGAGACAUCAGUAUCUUUAGACACAAGAGUUAAUCAAGAUUCCAGCGGGACUGAAGUUUCCAAUAGCUUAGCUGAGCCUGCCAAAUUUAGUUCAACAAGUGGUGAGAAGACAUCUGACCUUGGAAAGGGUCCUAAUAUUUUUCAUAACUCUGAUGAGAGUAAAGGGCAAAGUGAUUUUGUCGACUACAGCUGGGCUAACAUUGGUAGCUUCGAUGAUCUUGAUCGAAUGUUCAGCAAUGAUGUCCCUAUAUUUGGAGAUGGUAGUCUCAGCAGCGCUGAUGAGUUAUGGCCUUCUUCCAAAGAUGUAUCUAAUAGUCCACCAAAAUCGUUCCCGUCAAUUCUGGACUUCCAAAAUAUAGGAUUGGAUACUAAAACUGACUUUGAGCAGCAAGGUGACCAACCGUUGUCAUUGAGUGGAAAAACCGUUGAUCCUUCAUAUCAAAAUGUGCAAAAUGCAUGUCCAACAUCAAAGAUUGAACAGUACCCUGGGUAUAAGGGUCAAUCCACAGAUGAGGAGCAGGCAUAUCAGCAAAAGAAGCUGUUGAAGUUUUCAGCCAUGCCAGAGGGUUCUGAGACAAGAACAUUUCAAGAUGUGUAUGGUACUUGGUCUCCAUCCAGAAAUUCACCAGGACAGUUUGAAAAUCAGCUGACACCCUCUUCACUACGUUCUUCUUCUGUGGCUAUGAAUCCACAGAGAAAGCUUCAAGGCUCUGAGACUUCUCAGUACAUGCACAUGCCAAACCCAUACACGUCUGCUUCUGGUUUUGGGAAUCUUUCAAAUCCAUAUUCUGCUAUUCCUCUAGUCUCCACCAUCCAGUCUCCAGAUCCUACGACUCAGUUGCUGCAUCCUUCCUACAACAUUUCCCCUGUGAAUGCUAUCUCAGCAAACAAAGCAGGAGAUGCGUCUGCAAGACCUUUGACCAUGACGCCUCAGGAAAAACUUGAAAAGUUGAGACGUAGACAGCAAAUGCAGGCAAUGCUUGCCAUUCAGAGACAACAGCAACAGUUUCGUCAUCAGGUUCCUGGAGCUGAUCAACCCGUCGGCACUCAAGAUAAUCCGCUCCAUCUUGUCGACAAAACUUAUCUUGACGAGAUAGCUGCUCAGCCUUCUUUUGAUCCUAACUCACCUUUGGAACAGGAUGAUUCCAGUAACUGUGCUGUUGCUGCCGACAAUAGUUCUGCAGAAUUCUCAGUUCUUUAUCGGCUUCAGGAUGUUGUUGCCAAGUUGGACACGGGAAUAAGACUUUGCAUGCGGGAUAGCCUAUUCCGGUUGGCUGGGAGUGCAGUUAAGAGGCAUCAUGCUGGUGAUACAACCUGUACUAACAAAACUAGCUGCAAUGAACAAGAAUCUAUUUCCGUAGAAGAUGCUAGAAAAGGCAGUAGCUAUGCUGGGAUGCCAGACACGGAAACAGUGACCAAUCCCAUAGACCGAACUGUGGCCCAUCUGCUCUUUCACAGACAUUUUGAAGUGCCAAUGAAGAAUCUUGAGGGGCCAGAAUCACCUGUUUCCUCAAAGAUGGGUACCGAAAGAAAAGUGAGCUUUCCAAAAUGCAGCACUCCAGAGAGUUACAUAACUAAGCAGAAAGUUUCAGAGGAAGGACCUGCUGCAGGUACAUUGGCUUCAACGCAGCAGACGAAUCAGUUCGAAACAAGUCCUUCCGUUGACACUUCUGCGAAUACACUCAACUGCAGAUCCAGUUCUGUUGGUGGUGCUGAGCUUGAAGCUCUUCCAAAUGAAAAUGAAAAAAAAUUGUGAAACUCGGAAGGCCGAUUAGGAGGUUGUCAGAGAAUGGCUUGUGGAGGAUUCAGGUUUUUGAACAGUAAACGCCGGUACAAUGGGCUCAAGCAACUUCCCUCCCCUGUCUUCCAUGAAACACAACUCCUUUUAACUCAUUUCGAUUGAAGCUUGUGUCUAGAUACAAAUCUUACUUAUACCUAUACUUCUGUUUCAUGUUUGCUUUUUAGAUUCUCGGUUGUGUUACUGAAACCAAGAGGCUUAUGUAGGUAGUUAUCAAUAAGUCUUGGGUUAUCUGCAAAAUCUCGAAAACUUUUCAAUGAAUUGUUUGCUCGAUUCCUUUCUAAACCA